AUGACCGAAUCCCCACCUACCAAACCCGCUCUUCUGCCCUUCGACCCGCAGAAUUGUCAGACCUACGAAGCGAGCUGCCACUGCGGUAUCGUACAGUACUCCGUCCUGCUCUCGCCGCCACUUACCCAAUGGAAGGUUGUAUCGUGCAACUGCAGCAUCUGCACGUGUAAUGGCUACUUGCUUGUGUACCCCGAGCGGUCACAGCUACAAGUAAAGAGCGGUGAAGACGUAUUGAAGGACUAUUCCUUUGGUGUCAAGAGAAAUUUGCAUAGGUUCUGUAGUAGUUGUGGAAGUGCGGUUUGGUUCGAUCCUAGGAUGGGGGAGUUUGGGGAUGCACCGCCGGAUCUGUUGGGAGUUAAUGUGAGGAUGUUCCAUGGUGUCAAGGUGGAGGAGUUGGAUGUUGUGCAUGUUGAGGAUCAGAAUCCGUGA